AUGUGUGGGAUUUUACUUAAAGUAGCAAAUAAACCAUUGGAUGUACCGUCAUGUAUUCCACAACCAUUAAAACCACAACACAACGACCACCAGAACAACAACAACAACAACAACAACAAUAACUUUAAUCAUCAGCAAUGGGAAACUUUAGACACCAACAUUAUACAAACAUUUUUAGAUAAAGGAUCAGAAUUAAAACCAUUAACUAAUCAACAACUUUAUAAAUUAAAUAAUUUAUCUCAUUUAAGAGAAUUAAAUAAUCAAUUAUCAAAACUUAAAAACAAUGUGAAAACAUUAUCAUCACCAGAUUUAGAAAAUCAACGACAGCAAGAUAUUACACAAUUACAAUCACAAAUAGAUUUGAUUUCCAGAGACGAUGAAACUGAUGGGUUAUUAUCUGAUAUGCAACAACAAGAACAAGGUUUGGAUCGGAUGAUUUAUAAUAUAUCUAAUAGAGGUCCAGAUUAUUUAAAUUUCAGUCAAUUCACCACCACCACCAAUAAUGGAGAUGAAUUUUAUUUCCAGACAUUUCUGGCGAUAUUAUCAUUACGACAACCAUUUACUAAGCAACCAAUUUUUAAAGAUCAAUUUGUAUUACAAUUCAAUGGAGAAUUAUAUAAUCAAGAAUGUUUACAAAUUAAUGAUACACAAUUUAUAAUUGAUAAAUUACAUGAAUGUUUAAAAGUUUGUGAUGAUAGAACUAAUGCUAUUUUAUUAACUUUAAAAUCACUUAAUGGAGAAUUUGCUAUAAUUUUAAUUGAUCUAUUGGAGAAUAAAAUUUAUUUUGGUCGUGAUUCUAUUGGGAAACGUUCAUUAUGUUAUGAAUUGAUUGAUAGUACUACUGAUAAUAAUAGUAAUAAUAAUAAACAAAUUACUAUUAGUUCUGUAUCAAGUGAAGGAUUUAUUGAUUGUGAAAAUAUAAUUUAUGAAUAUAAUUUAGUGAAUAAUAGUUUGGCAACACAUAAAUUACAUGAAUUACCGAAAUAUAUCAAUCCAGGAAUUGGACUUAUUGAUGAAACUCGUUUAGUGGAAGAACUAUAUGAUCAAUUGAAAAAAUCUAUAUGGAAACGACAAGAUUCUAUUCAUCCUUUAAUAGAAGACAAUAAUCAAGAAAGUAAAUUAGCAAUAUUAUUUAGUGGUGGAUUAGAUUGUACUAUAGUGGCCAACAUAAUAUGUCAAUUAUUUAUCGAGAAUGGCACCAAAACCCCAAUUGAUUUAUUAACAGUAGGAUUUGAAAAUCCUCGAACUAAUCAAAAAAGUAAUGAUAGUCCUGAUAGGAAAUUAGCCAUUAAAUCAUGGUUUCAUUUAAAUAAACAAUUCCCGUUGAUAAAUUUACAAUUGAUUGAAAUUAAUGUUGAUUAUAAAUCUUGGUUAUUACAUAAGAAUCGAGUACAAAAAUUAAUGUAUCCAUAUAAUACUGAAAUGGAUCUUUCAAUAGCCAUUGCAUUUUAUUUUGCUUCUUCUAGUUGUCUUGGAAGUAUUAUUUCGAAAACUAUUUUAAUUGAUAAAACCAUUGAUUGGGAAACAUUUAUCCAGUCACCAGAUAAAUAUAUCACCAAGGUUGAAAAUUAUCAAUCUAAAGCUAAAGUUUUAUUUAGUGGAUUAGGAGCUGAUGAAUUAUUUGCUGGAUAUUCACGUCAUGAAGCUAUUUUCAAUAAGAAAGAAAAUGCCAAUACUUCUAAUCAGAAUGGUCAUCUUUAUAAGGAAUUACAAGAAUCAUUGAAUUAUGAUAUAUCAAUUAUUCAUCAACGUAAUUUAAGUAGAGAUGAUCGAGUUAUUAGUUGUUGGGGUAAAGAAUUACGUUAUCCAUAUUUAGAUCAAGAUUUUAUUAAUUGGGUUAUUCAAAAUAUCCCACCAGAAUUGAAAUUCAAAUAUGAGUACACUCUUUUUAAUAACAAAAAGAAAAAGUCUAACAACAAUAACAAAUUAACAUUUAUACCAACAAGAAAGUAUAUUUUAAGACAAUUAGCUAAUUAUUUACAAAUGCCAUAUGUAUCAUUAGAACUUAAACGAGCAAUUCAAUUUGGAGCUAAAAGUGCUAAAUUAGAAAUUGGUCAAAAUAAAACUAAAGGUACUGAUAGUCUAUAG